AUUGGAAAACGUGUCACCAAGAUACCGUGAAUCAUGCCUGAGUUUACAAACAGCAACCUUGUUCUUGGCGGUCUGGCAGCGUGUGCUGUGGGUGUGUUGGGCAUCUCGUAUAUCUACUUACGGAGAGAAAAACGCAAGUACACUCAGGUUGGAGUGGUGUCUAAACUUUUUAUCCAUCCUAUCAAAUCAUGCAGAGGAUUGGAGGUUUCCCAGGCUGAGUGUGUUGCUCUUGGGAUCAAGAGUGAUGGACUCAUGGAUAGGUCAUUUGUCAUCAUUUGUCCUGAAGGAAGAUUUGUAACCCAAAGACAGCAACCAUCUAUAGCCUUGAUAGCUCCAUCUCUCUCAGACGACAAGGAAAGUUUGUUGAUCAAUGCUCCAGGUAUGCCGACUCUCACAGUGCCUCUGAAAGAUCAGAACGGACCCGUCUAUAAUAUCAGAAUAUUCAAGUUACCUGUAGAUGGUGAAGACUGUGGUCAUGAAGCCAGCGAGUGGCUCAGCCAAUACCUCGGGAAACCUGGCUAUAAAUUGAUCCGUCACUCAAAGAGAUUCAAGGGAAAGAUAUUAAGAGAUGAUCCUACUUGGGGAAGCAAAGCAAAGAGAGGAGAACAGGCUACUUAUCAAGACCUUGCCCAAGUGAACAUUUUGAGUGCUGCUUCUCUUGAGAGCUUGAAUUCAAAGUUAGACAAACCAGUUCAGCUCAGAAACUUCAGACCCAAUAUUGUGGUGGAAGGAACAACUGCAUACUGUGAGGACAAUUGGAAAUAUGUGUGUAUUGGAACAGAUGCUCUCCUGAGAACCACUCAUCUAUGUGACAGGUGUCGUCAAACUACUGUUGAUCCGGAUACAGGAACUUUCUAUGAAACUGGAGAACCACUCAAGACACUCAAGACAUAUCGCAUGGCUCCCUCUGGCUUUCCUGAUCAGAAACGUCAUGGCUUCUCUCCUCUGUUUGGUACCCAGCUCGCUGUCGAAUCUCAAGGUACCAUCAAGCUUGGAGAUCCAGUCUUUGCCUCCAUGGAAUGAUUUCAGUAGACAACUCCUUUUUAUUUUCAUAUUGACAAUCUAUACUUCCUGAAAUAUUGAUUUGAUUUUAAUAUGAGUAGCUAUACAUAGACACCAUGCUUGUAGCACAGGCUUUAAAAAUGGGCCCUGAACAAAUAAUUAUACUACAAUCUUGGAUUAAUCUCAACAAGUAUUUUAUUCUCCCCCCCCCCCUCCACCUUUAAGAGUAAACAUGAAAAAAGUUGAAAUCCUCCUGAGGAAAAUAGUGUAACUUUUUUAUGAAAAUUUUUUGAGUGAUUAAUUGGAAGAGGUGUUUUUUUACACACUUCAUUGAUUAACUUUAGUGUAAUAAAGAAAUGAAAUGAUAUAUAGGCAGUGGCGGACCGUGACCUGGGUCCCGUAACACAAAGGUUAGCGAUUGAUCGCUAAUUUGAAAGGCCGAUUAUGAUUGGUUCAUAGUCAGUCUACUCAGCAAAAUGCGCAUGCAACGAUGAUCUUGAUUGGUCAGUUCAAUUAGUGAUUGAUCGCUAAUCCCUGGAGGAGA